CUACAAACGCAAACUAUUGCGUUCCGCAAGUCAAAAAACAUCAUAGUGACCAUACUGUCCAUCGCUGCCUACUGUGUGUAGAGGGACGAUCGGUUCAGCCUACCAGUAGUGGCAACAGCAACAGCAGGAGGAUAAAGAGAGAGAAAACAAAACAAUCAAGUCAAGUCCGCAAUUUGUACAGUCCCUUUCGGAGAGAGGUUCGUUGUCUCCGUUCGAUCGGUUUUUCAGAGCUUAGCUUGUCCAAAGGCUGUGGUGAGGCACAGAAAUUUCCACCUCGUCUGGUCUGGAGCUACAAACUGUGUGUGUUUGGUGUUUGCGCUGAAGGUGCCUUGUUGCGUUUGCCGAAAUUGCUGGUUCUGUUAGGUGAUUGUUGGUUGUGGUUGGUUGAGUGUUGAUCGUAGCUUGCUUCGGCUGCAGGUGAUCGAUAGUCGAAAUUACUUCGAUUGCUGUACUGAUCAAAUCUUUCGGUUUGAUCGUCCAAGUGAAAGGCAGAGAAAAGAAAAUUUUCCUUUGCUGCAGCUCACAAAAGAAUAGAAAAGAAGCAAGCCAGACAAGGAAAGUCUCGAUCGAAGCCAGAAAGAGAAAAGAUCACGAUCUUUCGGUCAAAGUGGACAGUGUGUGGGGAGAAAGAAGAAAAGAAACAGUGGCAGUGUUUGUGUGUGCUAGUAUACUUUGUGCAGAAGGAAGAAGAAGAUUUCGUUUUGACAUUUUGAUUUAUCCUUUGCUUCUCUCGCAUGUUGUGGGACAUUUGCUGUACUGCCCGCAAAAGCAGUUUUUAUGUUGGUUUUGGAGUUAAUCCGGGCGAAUUCUAAGCUCGAUUAGCUGCUGAAAAGUGAAACUAGAUUGUGGUUUCGACGGUGGAAGUGUUGCAAUUCAAGGUUCUAGGUGCAGUUGGCUGCUACGGUAACCGAAAACGACUCGGCUACUGCGUGUGACAGCUCGCUCGGCACGUACAACACUUCUAUGAGCAGUGGUGACCGCGGGAGGCGGGGAGUAUCUUUUUUUCUGGCAACUCGGUCCCCCAAAGGCAGCAACACUGAAGAAGUUCGUGCAAACACGUCUCAAUAUGAUCCGAGAUCCGGGUGCCGGUCCGCACGAAAGUCCAGAACCGCAACCGUCGAUCAAAUAUGACCGGAUUGUAUACGACAUGCACCGACCGCAACUGCCUGUGGCAGUACCGCCGGUCACCCCAAUGGAUCUGGAUCCGGAAACACCACUGGACAUGACGGUGCGUCGGAAGGACUCGUCCGAUCGGCAGCCGGAGGUGAACACCACCUGCGGAUCACCGGCGGUGAUCGAUCAUCAGCACAGCUCCAACGCAGGCGGCGGAAAUGGCAAUGAUGCGCCAAUCAAUCUGAACACACGUCCCAGUGUGAUUACGAAAGCGCCUCCGCCGCCAAUCAAGAAGCGCAUCAGCAGUAUGCAUAGCAAUGGUGAAAUAGUGAUAAAAAGCGCUGUGGGUGAUAAUCUUUCUCCGGUCAACUGUGACGUUUUCAUCGAGGAACACUUCCGGAGAUCGCUAGGUAAUACAUAUGCUUCCAUCUAUGGAAACAACAAUAACAAUCAGCAAAAAAGCAGUGGCAGUGAUACCAGAAACAGUAGUACUAGCAGCAGUAGCAGUAUUAGCAGUAGUUCAAGCAAUAGUAGCAGCAACAGUGUCGGCUUGAGCACCAACAGUAGCUCCAGUGGAAUCAGUAGUGUUGCCAGUAUGGUUGCCAGUGGUACGAGCAGCAGCAGUGCUGGCAGUCUCAUCGGGAGCAACGUUAAUUUCAGCGUUGGCAGCCACCUUGGAAGCGUAAGCCCUAUUGUUAGACAUAAUAACAUAAUCCCACCACCGGCUGUCGAGAUCUCACCAUUGCUUAAGGUAAAAGCCGAGCCGGGUCUUGCUCAGCCGCUCGUUCGGCCGGAGCUUAAGGUUAAAGCCGAACUAGGCACCGUACAACAUGUAAGGCCCGACUCGGAGGAAGAAGUCGAUGAUCAUUUUGCUAAAGCUCUCGGAAACGACACAUGGAAAAUGAUACAGGAGAAGAAGAUGAACCUUUGAGCAAUGGAUUAGCCAGCUUUUUCUAGACUCAUACAAAAUGUUGGUUGGUAAUAUAUUUAGGCAAUACUAAGGUUUAAUCUAAGAGUCCCGGUG